AUGGCUGCAAAACUUGAUGGCGGAGCUUAUCUCACUUCCUUUGUUGAUGCCGUUUUAGACCAGUUGUCUUCAAUACUUGAAGAUGACUCUGUCCUUGAAGGAAACUACUCUGCCCAGGAGUUGCUUGGAAGGUUGGAGAAAAGUCUGUAUGAUGUUGGACCUGUUCUUGAUGAUGCUGAGCAAAAGCAGUUCACUGACAAGAGAGUCAAGAAGUGGCUUGUUGAUCUCCAAGAUGCUCUCUAUAUGGCCGAUGACUUGCUCGAUGAACUCUCCACUGAAGCCGCUAUCGCUGCCACUCAAAGGGGUCCAGGUAACUCUUCUUCCAAGUCUCGUGUUGUUGAUUCAUAUAUUGAAGAUACUGGUGGCAUGGGAAAAAUAGUUGGCACACUAGAAAUUCCAUCCACAUCUCUUGUUAGUUCCGACAUAUUUGGUCGGAACAAAGACAAGGAGGAGAUAAUCAAAUUGUUGUUAGAUGAUACUCAUCAUGCUGAAUCACUUGUUAUCCCAAUUUGGGGUAUGGGUGGAAUAGGAAAAACUACUCUGGCUCAACUGAGAGAUGAUUUUGAUUCACUUCAAACUCAUUUGAAAGAAAAGUUGACAGGAGAGACAUUCUUAGUUGUUUUAGAUGAUGUCUGGCAUGAUAAGAAAGACCAAAAAUGGGAGAGACUUCUACAACCUUUUAGGUAUGGAAAACAUGGAAGUAAAAUUCUUUUAACAUCCCGUAGUGAAAAGGUUGCUUCUAUGGUCGCGACUACCAAUCUACAUUACCAGCUGGGUUUGUUGUCCGAUGAAGAUUGUUGGUUGGUGUUUUCAAAACAUGCAAGUCUUUCAACUGUUUCUGUGGAGAAUUCAACCUUGGAAAAGAUCGGCAGAGAUAUUGUAAAGAAAUGUGAUGGAUUGCUCUUGGCAGCUCAAGCUCUCGGAAGCUUAUUGUGUGGAAAUUCUGAUGUCAAGUACUGGAAUCGUAUAUUGAAGAGCGAGAUCUGGGAAUUCUCCGAUGACGAGAUGAAUGUUAUUCCUGCAUUAAGAAUAAGUUAUUAUUAUCUGCCUCCGGCGAUAAAAAAGUGCUUUAUUUAUUGUUCAUUGUAUCCCAAGGAUUAUGAAUUUGAUAAAGAUGAAUUAGUCUUGUUAUGGAUGGCAGAAAAUUUUUUACAGCCAAUAGGUAAAAAGACUCUGGAAGAAGUUGGUGAUGAAUAUUUUGAUGAAUUAGUUACGAGAUCAUUUUUUCAUGCUCGUAAUACCGAUGAAAAGAUAUUUGUUAUGCAUGAUCUCGUGCACGAUAUGGCAAUGAUGUUUGCUGGAGAGUUCUAUUUCAGAGCUGAAGAGCUUCAGAAUGCUACUGAGAUUAAUAUUAAAACUCGUCAUUUGUCACAUAAUGUUAAAGGCAAUUAUCCAAUCUCAAAACUUUCGAGAGAAUGUGACCGAGCGGAACAUGCAAGGACAUUUCUUGAAAUCAAGUUGGUGCCAUGGAUCCCAUUUGACAUGGAAAACGCACCUUGUAUCUUGUUGUCAAAGUUGAAGUUCCUGAGAGCGUUGUCAUUCAAAUGCUUUCCUCUUGAGUCACUGCCAGAUUCAAUAGGCGAGUUGAUUCAUUUGCGUUACUUGAAUUUGUCUCAGACCUACAUUGUGACAUUGCCGGAGUCAUUGAGUAAGCUGUAUAACUUGCAGACCUUGAAGCUGGUUAGAUGUGCAAAUCUGAAAAUGCUUCCUGUUGGCAUGAAAGAUCUUGUAAAUUUGCGUCAUCUUGAUAUCAGAGGGACUAGUUUGCAUGAGAUGCCGAAAGGCAUGAGCAAAUUAAAAAAUUUGCAGUUCUUAAGUGAUUACGUUGUUGGGAAGCAUGAAGAGAACAAGAUCAAAGAAUUGGGAGCACUUGUCUAUCUACACAAAUCAAUUUGCAUUGACAAAUUGGAGAAUGUGGUGGACAGCACAGAAGCUUCGGAGGCAAGAAUGUUUGAUAAGGAUGGCAUUGAUUCUUUGAGCUUGAGUUGGUCAUCGGACAGAAACGAGAAUAUAAUUGAUUCCGAAAUAGAAAGAGAUAUACUGGACAAGUUACGACCUCACAGUAAUUUGAAAGAACUGGAAAUGUGGGGUUACAGGGGUACAACUUUUCCAAAUUGGUUGGGACAUUCUUCCUACCGCAACAUCACCAAAAUUACACUGGGCAAUCGAUCCGUCGGUGGUUUUAAGAAUUGUCGUAUGCUUCCUUCACUUGGACAGUUACCCUCUUUGAAGCACCUAUCAAUUUCAGAGUUUGAAAGACUGGAGAUUGUAGGUGCUGAGUUUUACUUCUGCCAGAAAGAUACAUGCUGUUUGGAGGCACCGACACCAUUUCCAAUGCUUGAAACUCUUUCGUUUACGUCAAUGCGUUGCUGGAAGGAAUGGCGUGCACUGGAGUACAAUGCAUUUCCUCGACUUAGGGAGCUUACCAUAAGCGAAUGUCCAAUGUUGAGAGGAGAUUUGCCGAAUCAUCUGCCAUCUUUGCAUUCACUUACUAUUAAGGAUUGCAGCAAUCUCAGUUGCUGUGUUCCAGAAGCUCCUGCGAUGACCUCUUUGAGCAUAGAAGGCGGCAAUAAAGUGAAAAUUGGGGAGCUACCUCCCUUACUGUGUCAUCUAUCAAUUUCAGGAAAGCAUCUAGCGGAUCCCGUGGUGGAGGCUAUUACGAAGACGCAACUGACUUGCCUCACAUAUUUAGAGAUCUCAAAUUGUUCCUCCCACAUCUGGUUUCCUGUGAGUGAUAUUCCCCCAUCACUCCAAAAGUUGAGGAUAUGGGGUUGCAGAAAACUAGAAUUCCAAGUGGAAGGCCAACACAACUCACUGCAGAAACUAUGGAUACGUAACAGCUGUGAUUCAGUUACAUCCUUCUCAUUGGAUGCCUUUCCAAAUGUCAAGGAAGUUUAUAUCAGGGAGUGUGAAAAGAUGGAGUCUAUUGUGGUGUCUCGUUCUCUUUCAUGUCUCCGUAUUUUGACUAUAGAGAGCUGUAGGAGUAUGAAAUCCAUGUCAACGCUAUGGAUGGCAGCACCUCAGCUAGAACAGCUUCAAAUACUGUGUUGCCCAGAGAUGGAUUUGUCUGCUACAGGAGAUCCACACCGUAGUAGCCUGAGAUUUCUUACCAUCAGCUACAGCGAGAAACUAGUGAGUAGUGCAGCAUUCAUGAAUUCCCAAUUUCAAGGACUUACUCAGCUUUCUAUUGGACGUGAAUGUGAGAAUGUGAAGUGUCUCCCAAAGGAAGGUUGGCUGCCUGCCUCCCUGGAGUCUCUCUUUCUGAUGGGGAUUGUAAGUGUGGAGACAUUGGAAUGCAAGGGACUUGCCCACCUCACCUCCCUCCAAGAAUUAUGUAUUUAUCAUUGUCCCAAGUUGGAGAACAUUGAGGGAGAAAAGCUGCCUGCCUCUCUAAUCAGACUCUACAUCACAGCAACCCCUUUACUGGGUAAACGCUGCGAGAUCAAGGAUCCACAGCUUAUCCAUGGACCCAACAAGAUAUCUUCUGCAGCUAUGGUUUUGCUUUUGAUGAUUAAUAAUGUUCUUGACAAGAUUCAAGGUGAGAGUGAAACUUUCUUCCAGAAAGCAAUUCAGCAACAAGGGAGAGCAGCAAUCAUGGACACAAUGCAAGAGAUUCAAGAGAGGCAUGACAAUUUGAAAUUAUCAAAUGAUUUCACUUUAACUAAGAACAAUUCAUAG